GAACAAGAAAACAACUCUGCAUAGGAAUGCUGCAUCUGGAAACCUGAUUUUCCUCAGCUUCUGCCUUCCACUACUGCUGAGUCAUUUAUAUGGAGGUUCAACUAGAAUGCUUCUCCAGAGAAACUAAGAAAGAUGCUCUUAAUAGUAUUGAGAAUUCCAUUUAUAGAACAGCCUUCAAAUUACGAUCAGUGCAAACUCUGUGCCAAUUGGACUUGAUUGACAGCUCCCUGAUUCAGCAGGUCCUACUGCAUCCAAGUUUCUGGGAAGCUCGCAAGUGUUCCCUUUCUGUGCAGCAGCUUUCUCAGGCACUCCAAGAGCUGUUUCAGAAGGCCAGGGAGGAAAACCCCGGACAGGUACAUCCCAGAGCUUCGGAACUCACUCUGAGCCUUCUCACAACAAUAUACAACAGCACAGAAACAGGUUUUCUCCAGCUUAUGCCUGCGGCCGCUGCCCUAAUAACCCUCUCAGGAGACAGCCCUCUUACAAAAUACCGAGCUCUUUUUCAGCUCUAUGCAGAAAAUAGCAGGGGAGGUUAUGAUUCUGGGGCACGCAUGACUCGAAGAGUUUUGAGAAAACUACUAACAGAUCUGCAGCAGAUCCCAACUGUCGUGGGAGAGAGUCGUGCUCUUUGCUCUGUGGAGAGUGCCACCCGCAGCUGUUUCCAAGGGGUGUUGAGCCCAGCAAUCAAAGAAGAGAAAUUCCUGUCUUGGGUGCAAUCUGAGCCUCCCAUCCUCCUGUGGCUCCCGACCUGUCACCGGUUAUCAGCUGCUGACAGGGUCACUCACCCUGCUCAGUGUAUGGUCUGCAGGACUUUCCCGAUCAGAGGACUCAGGUACUGCUGUCUGAAGUGUCUCAACUUUGACAUCUGCCAGAUGUGUUUCUUAUCCGGUCUCCACAGCAAGUCCCAUCAGAAGUCUCAUCCUGUCAUUGAGUACUGCGUUCAGCAGAUGUCAGCAAAGCACAAUUCAAAGCUUCUCUUCAGGACCCUCAGAAACAACCUUCUUCAGGGGUGCUGUAGGAAGAAAGAAGCGGUGAGAAGGCAGCACCUGCUGGACCAGAUGAAUCCAAAGGAUGUGGCUCACCAUGGACAGGCCAGGGUCUCCCUUGGGUACAAGAGUUCUAAAGGAACAGGGGAUGUAAGGCCAACUGGACCAAUAGAAACAGCAGCCACAGGGGCCUCCAAGUCUACACCUGUACCUGAAAGAAUAUCUCAGGGUCAACAAACUGAGGACAGCAACCCUCAUUCCCAGACCAUGGUCAGCACUAGGAAUGAACUGUGGAGGACUCGUGAAUCCAUUAAUGCUCUCCAUAGGGAAAGAAGGCUUCUUAAAAAACAAUUAAACCAAUACAAAGACCAGUUGCAAGCUAUAUACAUCUCUCAGGAAGAAAGAAGUUGCCGAUUUGAAACAAAGAUUCACAGACUCAAAACCAACCAGGAUAGUCUGCGGACCAAGCUACAGCAGAUAAGACGGGACCUACAGGCAAGGUUGCAGCCACCCCGUUCUUCAUCUUCUUCCUUUCAAAAUGUGGAGACCAAGGUUGACCAUUCUCCAACUGAGAGGGUUCCAAAGGGAGGGGAUUAUUUGCAGAUCAAGAAUGCCAGUGAAGAUGGUUCAAGAUGGGACCCUCUUCCUAACCCUGAGGAGGUUGGCAGAGGUCACAGAAGUCACACAAAUGCAGAGCAUGCUCUGAGAAACCCACAAUUACCAGAGACCGCAUUGCACAGCACCAGAGCACAAAGUCAAACACAAAAAAUGCCGAAGAAAGUCAUUAGUGCCCUACCCAGUUGUCAGGAGGGACUGAAGCAGGAUACCCCCAAAAAGGCUCCUGGCGAAACGAGCAGUCCUGCUCUUGCAACUGUGGAAAGGCAAGAGGCAGGUAACAUCGAGGAGAGAAAGGAUGAGCUGGAGGAAGAGGAACUGCAAGAACUAUUGUCAAAACUUAUGGAUGCCUUCAAUCUAGAAAUGCCAUCAGGCCCGGAGUCUUCAGUUAACAUGGAUCUGUACAGUGGAGCUCAGCGAGUGUGCAGGGCCUUCUCUGCUCUUGUUGAUCAAAUCGCCUUGCCCAAUUUGGAGUGAAAUGGAGUCCAGGCUCAGAGGCUUCUUGGUGUGAUGACAAAAUGCAGUUGCACAUCUGUAUUAAAAAGAAUUAAGACCUCUACCUUUCUUUUAAUAGUUUAGUGUGAACUAUGAAGAAAAUAAGUUUUGUUUUCUGAUCUCCUUACUUAUGUAUCUUAGGUCUUCAUUUCAGAGUAAAGGUUGCGGGUUAGGGGGUGAGUAGAGGAUGAAGAAGGAAAGAAGAAAUGGCAGAGUCAGAUCUCCGCAUGGAAUGGUCAUGAAUACCUCCGGAGUAACAUUCAAGUGUGUGACCUCACGGAUGCCUGCGACUGUCUUCCUCAAGUAUCAUGUAAAUUACUGAAUUGAUGGCCUAAUUUUUUAUCUUGAUGUUUCUGCUGGAGAAUAGGCUUAGCAGAGAACUAAAUACACACACACACACACACACACACACACAAUCGACUGCAUGUAAAACUGGUAACACCUGAAUAAAUUUGGAUUAUACCAAUAUCAGUUUCCUGGUUAUAAUAUUGUGCCGUAGUUAUGCAAGAUGGUCCCAUUGGGGAAACUAGAUGAAAGGCAUACAGAUGUCUCUGUAUUAUUUCUUAUAACUGUAUAUGAAUCAAGUAUCUCAAAAUAAAAAAUUUAAUAUGAAUGUCUGUCUCUAAAACCUCCACAUUUGACAAGUUUCACCAAAGCAUCUGUGUGCCUCCUUUCUCUGUAUGUUGGAUUAGGUUAUAGAUGCUUAACUUACUUAUGUGCAAAGUAGGAGCUAACCUUCUUUGACGUUUAGAGCACUUAGUUUUUAAGCAUUUUCUAUGCACUAACUCAUUUAAUCCUCACAAGAAACCUAGGUAGUAUAUAUCUCAUUUUAUAAGGAAAAAGAGGUUUAGUAACUUGUCCAAAGUGAUGUGGCCACUUCUUGAUGAAGCUGAGAUUUGAACUCGGCUUUGAACCUAUACUAUAACCACUACUCUGUACUUCCUUUCAAUAAAUAUUGUGGUGAUUUCAAUGUUUUUGCCUAUUAUCUUGAGAUGCAGGCCAUGUAACAUUCAUAGAGGUUGUAGAUUUUUAUAUGAUCUGUAAUUCCUAAAACUGUUCACAGAGUGAAAUAAUAUCCCACUGGAUGGGAUUAGGACUAGGUUAUCCCUGUUCCAUCUCAUCCUAACAGUUUUUAAUCUGCUUUUUAGCCUGUCCUAAACUGUUGGUUUUAGUUUUGUCAUUUAGCAUAGCUACUCUCCUUUUUACUUCAUCCCAGCUUGUUCCUUACACGUUUGAUAAGCAUGCCCUUCAUCAGCAAGCUGUAGCCCCUGGGCCAAAUUCUGCUCACUCCCUGUUUUGAACAGCCUAUGAGAUAAAUGUUGUUAUUUCAUCUUUUUAAACCAUUGAAAAAGUCCAAAAGAAAAUGUUUUGUGGCACCUGAAAAGUGCAUGGAUUCCUAUUUCAGUGUCCAUAAACAGAUUUUUAUUGGAACACAACCAUAUUCAUUCAUUUAUGUAUUGUGAUAACGCUUUUGUUCUGCCAAGGCAGAAUUGAUUAGUUACAGCAGAGACUGGAUGGCCCACAAAGCCUAUAAUAUUUACUAUCAGACUACAGAAAAAGAUUGCAUUCCCUGUAGUGGAGUACCAAGGUGAGGGAAGAACAACAGGCUCUUCUGCAAGCUCAUUCUCCAAGUGUACUGUCUCUUCGAUGAUUUAUGAGAUAGUGAAUUUGCAUGAUAGCUUUGAAGAAUAUGAUGAAAAACAUUAGAGAAAGCAUCAGAAUGCAAAGUCAUGAGCCUAUAUAUAGAAAAGGUAGUCAAAGGGUGGCAUCUUUUUGGUAAAAUACUAAUUUUUCCAACCAACCAGUAGCUGAGGCUGGGCCUUCUCCCCCACGUCUUUCCCCAAGCUUCCUUUCCCUGUUGUCAAGACUCAGCUCAUCUUCAAACAAAACUGUGUUUUCUGAUAAUAACCCUUUAGAAACAAUUUCUAGUUUAAGGAGGGCCCUAAUCCUUCAGUGAAAACAUAUACUGAGGCUUCCUUUGGACCUGAAAAGAGCAAGGGAAUUGCUAACAUAUCUGAAAUUCAAACCGGCUGUCAAUCCUAUAUAUUGGUUAUGAUAGAAUGAUUGGAGAGUUGGGAAUAAUUAGAGAUAAAAAUAGCAUUGUGUCUCAAACUCAAAUACAUUUGCUAAUUGGACUUCUCUGCUAUAAACCUUGUUCAGGCCUGGUCAUUUUUCAGGGAAAUAAUUAUUUAUGGGUUCUUCUCUUAUAAUGUCGUUCACUUUAUUUUGCUUUUCAGUGCAAAAUGUAACCAUGUAUAGAGUUAUAAUAUUUAAGCAAAGAGUAAAUAUGCUUAGUGGGAAAUAAUUUGUACCUAUUUACACUUAAACAUUAUUUUAUUAGAAUUUGGAUGUCAU